AUGGCGACUCAAACAUCGACACAGGCGCCGCCUGUCUCGAUAAAGAUCAAGGGGAAGGCAGCGGACAUUGACAAGCAUAUCAACCUUGCCAAGUUCUCCAAGGACGUGCCAAAGGCCGACUAUGACCGAGCAGUGAGCCUAAUCAAGUCCAGGCUGGACAACAUGUCUCUCGUUGCAGCCAAACUCUCACUCACUCUCGGACCCAAUCACUCUCCGUUGCUGAUCGAUGCAAGGGCAAGCCCGGCGACGCUCGAUUUCAUUACGGGCGAAACGCCUGAGGAUCUGGACGCUCAGGUCUACAUCACGGCGGUCAUGAUCAAGAGAUUCAUGGAUGGCCUCAUGGACGCUCGCUAUGCUCUCAAUUGGGGCCAUAUCUUCAUGCUCACCGGCCCUACGCGAGUGGGAGUGAAACUCGUCGACGCCCUGACACCGUUCAAUGCCGUUCACCCUAAACUUGACCGGUUGGAUCUCAAUGACCUGCCCAAGCCCACCGAGGACAUUGAGCAAGUCAAGCGAGAUCUCGACGUCUGGGGAUAUGGGUUUGUCAAGAAUGCCCUCAGCCCAGAAGAGGUCCGCGUGUUGAGGAAGCGGCUCAUGGAUCAAGCCAAGGGCGAGGCCGAUGCAGGCAUCGGAUUCUUUGACGGCGGCGAGAAGAAGCCCAACCAGCGAGUUUGGUGUCUACCCAACAAGGGUCAAGAGUUCAUCGAUUUGCUGGAGAACAACAAGACCAUUCAAGAUGUGGUUCCUGACUUCCUCGGCGACGAUGCAAUCUUGUUCUCAUACACCGCGAACAUUGCUCGACCUGGGAACACCCCGAUGCACCUGCACACGGAUCAAAUCACCAUUCAACCACCGAUCAGAUCCGUGGCGGUGGGCAUGAACUUGAUGUAUUUCCUCGAAGACGUCAGCGAGGCGAACGGCGGGACUUUGGUCAUGCCCGGGAGCCACAAGGGGAACUGGGCACCCGAUGACCCGUACGAUGUGGCGGACACGGUGGCGGCAGCUGGUCCAGCGGGGACGUGUAUGGUGUUUGAAAGUAGACUGUGGCACGCGACCGGCGCGAACAAGAUGCCCGCCGACAGCGGCAGCGAGCGACCUGUCAUCCUGGUCUUCUUUACACGGCCAUGGAUGCGACAGCAGGAGAACUACUCGCUGUCCGUCAAGGAGGACGUGCUCGCCACGUGCUCGGACAAGGUCAAGGGUUACAUGGGAUUCCGGACCACGGGGAGCAUCGGGGGUGUCCAGACCAGGCAGAAGGACGGGGACAUUGUGAGAAGACCCAAGGAAGACGAGUAUAUUGGCGUCAUGGGUGUCGGCAGUUCUAAGUACUAG